UCUCCGCCGCCAUUGUACAGCCCCCCUCCCCCACAUCCCUCGAGACUAAGCUCGGCCCUCCCGCCCAUCAAUCAACCAACCAACCAACCAAUCGAUCAAAACAAGCCUGUAAUGCUGGCCACUCAUCAAAGGCACGCGUUCUCUGCCCCGCAUUGCAAAACCUGCACCAAAGAGUAUUCUGCUGCCUUAAAAAGUAGCAAGCUGCUGUUGUUUGCGGCAGGCGCUUCCACGGCCUGGAGGCUUCUCCCCGUGCACGAAGUCCGGCCACCCAUUUGGUAGGACUAGUUGGGGAGAGAGGACUGGCGAUGCACAAUGCAAAAAGUGGAGCAGCGUGUGCCGAAAUGGGCGCAAAAUGCGCGCAGUGACACAGUUGGCAAGAGGAGCAAGUGAGGAAAACACAAUCCCAGCGAAUCGACACGUGGGGCGAGGCAGGACUGUUGUAUUUCUUAGUCGCUUGUUAUCCCAAGGUCUGCAAGAAGCUUUGGCAGCAUACUAACAACCAACAUUAUCUUAGGCUGCAAUCCAAUGCAAGUCUACUCAGAAGGUUCAGAUCCAGCGGGUGACCUCCACUAGCCUCAUGCUGCAGCAGUUGCAACAGCCCUUCAGCCAGCUGGGCCAGCAGCUCAUCAGCCUGGCCACCCUCGGCGGACACAACACAGCAAGUGGGCAUUGUCCUGAGGAGGAGAAAGAGGAGGCGGUGAUUGGCUGGCAAGAGAAACUCUUCAGUCAGUUUGAGGUGGACCUCUACCAGAACGAGUCUGCCUGCCAAAGCCCCCUCGACCGGCAGUACCACCAGGAGAUCGUGAAGCUGGAAGGGUCCGGGGGUCGGAAGAACCGCCGAAUCUUCACCUACACAGACCAUGACCGCUUCACCAACCUCGAGGAGCUCUCCCAGAAGGUCACCACAUCUGUCAAGGAAGUACCUUCGUACUUGGCGGAGAGGAUGGCCAAUGUGAGGAGGAGACGGCAAGAGCGGAGGCUGAGGGAAGGGGGCAUCCCGAAAUCCCGACUUGUCACCUGGGAACCCUCGGAUGAAUUCAUCAGGAACAGCCACAUCAUCAACACCCCUGUGCAGACCAUGUAUAUCAUGGGGGAUUUUGGACCCCCCGGCAAACUCGGUUGCCGGGAGCACGAGCGUGUCCUCUGCACGAUCCAGGUGGACGGCAAUGGCGUCAUCACCGUCAAGCCGGACUUCACAGGCACAAAAGGGCCUUACAGGAUCGAGCUGGAAGGCGAGAAGCGGGAGAUGUGGAAAUUCACUCUGGAGAACACCUCGGCCCCCGUGAAACCGGAGGAAGAGGAGCGGGAGCAACGAGUCUUCAAGGACCUGUACAGCCGGCAUAAGGAGUACCUCAACGGACUUGUUGGCUCCGACUUUGAGAUGGCCCCACCUGGCGCCCUCCGACUCUUCGUGAACGGCGAAAUUGUCUCAGCCCAGGGCUACGAAUACAACAAUCUUUACAUCCACUUCUUUCUGGAGCUGCCCAGCUGCUGGUCGUGCCCCCCAUCCCAGCAGCUCUCUGGAGUGACGCAGACCUGUGCUACCAAGACGCUUGCCAAGGAAAGGGUGGCCUUUUUCUCCUUCCCGUUCACCGUAGAGAUGUUCUUUACCCAAGAGGACGAGUCGGAAGGCACCCUCUCCGAGUGGCCCAUCCUCUACUUUGAGGUCCUCUCCUUGGAUUACUGGCAGAGGUAUCGCGUCGAAGGCUACGGGUUUGUGGUCCUGCCAGCCACAGCGGGGGCUCACACCAUAACGGCCUCCACCUGGCGUCCUGUGGAGCUGGGCACCUUUUCGGAACUGCAGAGGUUUUUCAUUGGGGGCUCACCAGAGCUGGAGGACAUGACCUACGCCAGAGUGCCCGGCACCUUCGUGGGCAGCCGCCUGAGCCGGUUUGGCUUCCGCACAGAGACGACAGGCAGCGUCACUUUCCGGCUGAACUGCCUGUGGCAGUCCAGGGCUUUCCUGGAAUCCACCUCCUUGAGGAGGCGCAUGCAGAGCGUCCUGGACCGACUGGGCAGCUUCAGCCAGCCAGGCUCCCUCUAUAACGUCUUGGAGGCAUUCCAGAGGGCCCGGCACCGGAUGCGAGAGGCCAGAGACAGCCUCCCCCAAGAUUUGAUCCGCACUUCUGCCUCCGCCGUCCAGCAGUGACGAGAACAGUCUUGAGUGGCCGGCAGCAGCCCUGGCUUCUCUCACCCAUGCCCAUUGGGAGGAGCCUGCGAGAUGCCCUGGCCAGGGCCUCCGAUAGGCUUCCUUCUCUCCAAGGGCAUUCUAAGGCAAGGUUGCAGCCGGGCCUCUGGUGUCGGGAGGAAACUUGAGCGCAGCGAUGGUACAGGAAGCCCUCCUCAAAACCAGCCGCCAUCAAGCAGUCACAGGAUUCUGUAGUCCAAAUCUACAAGUGCAGAGAAACAAGGGUGGCCCUCGUCCUUCUUCUGGGCAAGACCAGGGUCCUUCCCCGCUGUUUGAGGGCUGUGUCUGCAGCUGGAGGAGGUGGCGGGAGGCAGUGUGUUGGGCUCCAGAGGUAAUUCUUUGUGGCUGGCCAAGUUCCUCACUUGCCCAAUGGCCGUGUUGCCUGAAGAGCUGCUUUCCUCCAGCCUGGCCUCUUUGGAGCUCUGGCUGCCUUUCUCCUGAGUGCUGCAGAAGUCCGAGAGCUGAAACGGAAGGUCCUUCUUUGGACUGGCCUGUGGGCUGAUUGGCAGCAAGGCCAGGCUUUCUGUUGGGGUGGGUGGGAUGCAUUUCAUUCUCUCCAUGCGCACGUGUGUGUAGAAUGCUUCAUUGUUAUUGUUAUUGUUAUUUCUGCACUUACAGCAUGUGACACGGGACAAUUUAAAGCAGCCUUCCCCGACCUGGGGCCUCCAGGUGUUAUUGGACUACAACUCCCAUCAGCCCCAGCCAGUGCGAUGUUAGCCAUGCCAGCUGGGGCUGGUGGGAACUGGGGACCGAAACAUCUGGAGGGGCACCGUGGUGGGGGAGGGCUGCUUUAAAGGAAUGGCAAUAAGGACAGGAAAUACAACAAUAUUUUCUAACAUAGCAGAGCUGUGUGCAGGAAGAGGGUUGCUUGUUGUUUUAAUAGCAAAAUAGAUUAAACUGCAAUAAGUGGCCACAA